AUGGCGUACACAAUCACUAUCAAAAACGCAGGUAAAACUUACGACAUUGAACUUCAAGAAGAAGACAAUGGCCAGAUAUUAAAGUCUAAAAUUCAGGAAUUGACAUUGAUCCCACCAGAAAGACAAAAAAUCUUGAUUAAGGGUGGUAAAUUGACUGAUGAGGUGAUUGUGUCUAGUUUAAACUUGAAAAGUCCAGUAAUGGUUUUAGGUACUCCUGAUAAGAACUUACCUUCGAAGCCAGUUGAAAAACAAGUUUUCCUUGAAGAUUUGAAUAAAAGUCAAUUGGUUAAGGUUAGUAACGAACCUAGUGGGUUGACCAAUUUGGGGAACACAUGCUACUUGAAUUCAAGUUUACAAACGAUAUUUCAUAUCGAGGAUGUGAAUAACAAGUUGAAAGAUUACACUUUUGGUGGAGCCAAUCAAGCUAAUAGUGCCUUUGUGUUGUCAUUGAAAAGUAUGUUUCAACAAAUGUCGAAAAAACACGAAGUUAUUACUCCUUCCACAUUUCUUUCUCUUUUCAGAAGGUCUUAUCCUCAAUUUGCUGAACAACAAAAUGGUAUUUAUAAACAGCAAGAUGCAGAAGAAGCAUUUUCCCAAAUUAUGAGUUCUUUGAGGAGCGAAUUGAAAAUAGAUGAUGUGUUUAAAAUAACAUUCAACACCAAGACUCAGUGUUUGGCUAUCCCAGAAGAUGUCACAGAAGGGUUUGAAGAGGCAUUUAAAUUGAAUUGUCACAUUGAUGUCAAGACCAAUUUUUUGAGAGAUGGAUUGUUAGCUGGAUUAAAAGAAACUAUUGAGAAACAUAAUUCAACUUUGAACGCUGAUACUGAUUAUGAAAUAACCAAGACUAUAACUAGAUUACCGAAAUACUUGACAGUGCAUUUUAUCAGAUUCUUCUGGAAACGAGACAUCAAUAAAAAGUCCAAGAUUUUGAGAAAAGUUCAAUUCCCAUUUGAAUUAGAUUUAGCAGAGAUGUUAGAUGUAUCCAUAAAGCCUGAUAAAGUUUCUAAUAGAGAUACAAUUAGAAAAGUUGAAAAAGAUAAUUUGGAUUUGAUAAGAGAUUUCAAAAAGGCCAAAAAGGACACCAAUUUGACACCAUUGGAGCAACAAGAGGAAGAAGAAAUGAAAAUAACAUCAAUCAAAAGUAAGUUUAGGGAAGACUUGAACAGCGCUUUGCCCAAUGUUGAUUUUAAUGCCACCACAGAAAAUCCUUCUAGUGUAUACGAGUUGAACGCUGUUAUUACACAUGCUGGAUCAUCUGCUGAUGGGGGUCAUUACAAAGCUUACGUCAAGGAUCCAACAGACUUGGACGGCGAGAGAUGGUGGUUGUUUAAUGAUGACAAAGUAAGCCCAGUAAACAAAGAGAAAAUCGAAACUUUAGCUGGUGGUGGUGAAAGUGACUCAGCUUUAUUAUUGGUUUACAAAGGUUUAGGGCUUUAG